UCACUGCAUAACUUCUCCUUACCAUCUUCAUUUCAUUGCCAUGGCAGCUUCUUCAACUUGAAACGCUCCCCGCUCCCUCACUCAAUCUAUGAAAAAACCCUAACAAAACCCUACUUUCUCUAAAAAAAUGGGUUCUCUGCUCCAAUUUCAAGACCUCAAUCUUGCCCCGUCUCCAUCCUCACCCCUAACCACCACCACCACAGCCGCCGCAUCCACCAGCUCCAAUACCAUAGCCACCUUUCUGUCCGCGAAGGAGACUGCCAAAGCUUUGUUAGUCCCAAAAGUCGAACCUAAGCUCGAACCAUUUGAUGUUGAAACCCCAAUCUACCAACAACAACCACCACAAGACCCCAGCAGCAGCACCCAGGAUCUUUUCUUUACCAGUUCCACCCCGAAUUACUUCUCUAAUUCCCAAUUAAUCCCUCCUUUCUCCCAGUCCACAUCCUCCGAGGACGACAAUGCCAAUAAUCUUUACUCUGAAUACAACCGAAUCUCCGAACUCUUUCGCACAGCUUUUGCGAAACGCUUGCAAGAUCAAUACGGAGACAUUUCCGUCGUUUCGGACCCAGAUUCCCGCGCUAUUGUCCCUUUUAAUGAAGAUGAUAAUAAUAACAGUGUUCUCUCCACCGUCGUGGUCUCCCGGCGUCCGAAGUAUCCGCAGCGGUCUUCUGAGCUCGUGCGUGUCACCGACCUGGGAAUCGAGGACCAGAGGUAUUUUCGUGACUUGGUCCGCCGGACACGAAUGGUCUACGACGCCCUUCGGAUUUUGUCUAUCUUGGAGGAGGAGAAGCGAAGGGGAGAACGCCUAGGACGCCGCGCACGUGGAGAUCUCCGUGCUGCCUCUGCGAUGAGGGAUUGUGGGCUCUGGCUCAAUCGGGAUAAGCGGAUUGUGGGGUCCAUUCCUGGUGUUCAAAUUGGGGAUGUUUUCUUUUUUAGAAUGGAACUCUGUGUUAUGGGAUUGCACGGACAAGCUCAGGCUGGGAUUGAUUAUCUUCCAGCGAGCCAGAGCUCGAAUAGGGAGCCUAUUGCUACUAGCAUUAUCGUUUCAGGUGGUUAUGAGGACGAUGAGGAUGCUGGAGAUGUGAUUAUUUAUACCGGACAUGGUGGGCAGGACAAGUUGAACAGGCAAUGCGAGCACCAGAAGCUGGAAGGAGGGAAUUUGGCGUUGGAGAGGAGUAUGCGUCAUGGGAUUGAGGUAAGAGUGAUUAGAGGGAUUAAACAUGAAGGUAGUGUUAGUAGCAAGGUUUAUGUUUAUGAUGGGUUGUAUAAGAUUCUUGAUUACUGGUUUGAUGUUGGGAAAUCAGGGUUUGGUGUUUACAAGUAUAGGCUUCUGAGGAUAGAUGGCCAACCAGAAAUGGGUAGUUCAAUCUUGAAGUUUGCGGAGAGUUUGAGGACUAAGCCAUUGACUGUGAGGCCUAGAGGGUAUUUGAGUCUUGAUAUUUCGAAUAAGAAGGAGAAUAUGCCUGUUUUUUUGUUCAAUGAUAUUGACAAUGAUCAUGAUCCUAUGUGCUAUCAGUAUCUUGAACGUACUGUGUUUCCAGUCUUCGUGUUCACUAAUGGAAGUAAUGGAACUGGAUGUGAUUGUGUUUCGGGAUGCAGUGAUGGCUGUUUUUGUGCGAUGAAGAAUGGAGGUGAGUUGGCUUAUGAUGAGAAUGGUUUUUUGUUGAGGGGGAAGCCGGUGGUAUUUGAAUGUGGGGUUUCGUGCAGGUGUCCACCAACCUGUCGGAAUAGGGUGACACAAAGAGGGUUGAGAAAUAGAUUGGAAGUGUUUAGGUCGAGGGAAACAGGAUGGGGAGUUCGGUCAUUGAACGUGAUCCAUGCUGGUGCUUUUAUAUGCGAGUAUGCAGGGGUUGUCCUCACUAGAGAGCAAGCCCAGAUUUUCACUAUGAAUGGCGGUGGUUUGGUUUAUCCAAAUAGGUUUUCUGCUAAAUGGGCAGAAUGGGGGGAUUUAUCUCAGAUCUAUCCAAAUUACACCCGUCCAUCAUAUCCUGAGCUUCCACCACUGGAUUUUGCAAUGGAUGUGUCAAAAAUGAGGAAUGUUGCCUGUUAUAUGAGCCAUAGUUCAGCUCCAAACGUGCUGGUGCAAUUUGUGCUGCAUGAUCACAAUAAUUUGAUGUUCCCUCACAUCAUGCUUUUUGCAAUGGAGAAUAUCCCACCUUUGAGGGAGCUAAGCCUUGAUUAUGGCGUGGCUGAUGACUGGACAGGAAAGCUUGCUAUUUGCAACUAACUGAUUAAGCUUUAAGAGGAUGUGCAACUUUUUUGUGUGGUGUAGCACUGUGUUCUGAGGACAUGAUGUGCUAAGGUGGGAGUUGGAAAAUGGAUCCUCCCCGGUUUUGACCAAGGUCUUCAAUUUUCUGGCUGCUAUCUUUUUACCUCGAGUUGAUGCUACAGUCCUCGAUUAGAAAGGAGCAUUCACCUAUCAUCUGCACUACAAGGCCUUCUCUGCACCCCCCCUGACUUCAUACUUCUUGUUUCACAGGUGAUUAAGAAGGUGAAACAAAAUGCUGGAACUGAAAAUUUCUCAGCAAAUAUGUGGAUGCUGCUGUUACUGGCAUUUUGACUUUGUAGUUCACUGGAUCUCGAGGAUGAGUCUUGUACACUAAUUCCUUUAGUCAAUUUACUUAGGGUUUUCUGUAAGCUUAUUACUUGUAUUCAUGACUGGAUGAACUUUUUGUAACUUGUAUAUACAAAGUUCUAAUUGUAUAAGCUUGUAUAGAAAAUCUCAGUGCAUCAAAGAUAGGCAAAUCAUUUUAUUUUCAA